CACACACACACAAGUAUUGAGUUCCAGUUUCAUUUCAAGGGGAGAGAUGGAUUUCCACAGCUUUACAAGGAGAGAACUACAAGCUCUUUGCAAGAAGAACAAAAUUCCAGCUAACCUUACCAAUGUCGCCAUGGCCGACGCUCUUCAGUCCCUCGAGUUUGUUGAUAGUAUUGAAGAAAUCUUGAGUUCAUGUGAAUCUGAAACUGCGAACUCAUCCAUGGAGUCUCCUGGGAACUCAGAAAUAGUAACAAGUGUACCUCGGACUUGUCGUCGAGCUACACAACGAAAAGCAAUCAAACAUGACCCAGAAACUUUGCAGACCUUGACUAGGAGUCGCUGCAUAACGAGAGGAAAGGUGGUCAGAGAUGUAGAUGAAGCCAAGAACGACAUGCAUGAGACUCCUGCAUUGCCGACUACCAGAAGAAGGGCUGCAGCAACUUCAGUUCGUGCUAAAUUGGAAUCCGCAAUGAAGGAAUGUGAACCAAAAGAAAAAAUUGGGGAUUGGAUUCAGGGAGAAAUGAAAGAUGUGCCAAAGACACCAGCAGUUCUAACUAGCCAAAGAAAAGAAUUGAAGGCAAGUUCAGUUAGGCAAGUGUACAGUACUCGUCGAUCAGCAAGGAUAGCUGGGAAACCAAUGCAUGAGAGCACACAAGAGAAUGAAAUGUCAGGAACCCUUACAUUUGAUGCUUUUACUGAAGAAACUGAGGAAAAUUUGGAGGUGGAUUCUGAGCAGUAUUCUAUUCACAAGAAUGAAGAAGUAGACAAAAAUGGUCAAUAUUCAAAUACCUUGGUACAAAAUGAAAUAGAAACUGAAGAUGUUCUUCAACAAGAAAGUAACAAUAACCUGGUUGUUGUGUUAGAUACAAAAGCAGAAGAAGGCUCAGAGGAAGUACCACUUGGUCACAACAACAAUGAUGUGCAUAUGUCAAAAACAGAGGAACUUGAGAAUGGAAAAGAAAUGGCAUCUGAAGGAAUUCAGUCUUUGAAUGAUGUUUCAGGAGCUAAAAUAGAAGUUUUUGGUGAAGAAUCCAUGGAGGAAUCUGAAAUUGAUCAAGCUCAGGCUAAAACUGAAAAAGAUUUUCAGAACAAAAGCCAGAACUUGGGUGAAGAUACCAAGAGAAGUUCCGAUAUCACUAAUGUGAUCCUGAUGAAGCAGCCGCAUGAAGAGGACAUGCCCCAUUGUGAUGAUACAUCUGACUUUGUGGCAGAAAAUGAUCGGGAGGAGGAAGAUCACUUAAAUCAUACUGAUGUUGCAGGAGGGCAAAAGUUGAUGGGAGAACCUGCAAGUGUCAAUCGAGACACUAACAUAGAUUUCCAUGAGGUGAGUUCGUUGGGGCAAUUCAACGGUGAGGGGGAGGCUAAGGUGAGUGGAAGUCAGCAGUGUUUGAAAGAUGCUUCCGAAGCUAACAUGGAAGAUGCUGGAGAAGAAGAACCCAUGGAAGAAUAUGAAGUUGAUCAUGCUGAAGCUAAUGUGGAUAGUGCAGCUCAUGGUCUGGAAGUUGCAGAAGAAGAAGAAGAACCCAUGGAAGAAUCUGAAGUUGAUUAUGCUGAGGCUAAUGUGGAUAAUGCAGCUCAUGGUCUUCCACCCUUGGCUUCUCUCAUACCUGAUGAUGCUGCCCAGGAAGGUGAGUGCGAGGUUAAGGUGAGAGGAAGUCAGCAGUGUUUACAUGUUUCAGAAGUAGUUGCUGGAGAAGAACCUAUGGAAGAAUCUGAAAUUGAUCAUGCUGCAAUUAAUGUGGAUAUUGCUGCUCAUGCUCUUCCUCCCCAAGCUUCUCUCAUACCUAAUGCUAUCCCAGAACCAGUCUACAAAGGCAUUGCUGGUAAUGACAGUAAGCAAUCUUUGCAAGAUUUAAGCUUGAGGAAGCUUACAAAGAUGUUGAAAGAGCGUCACAAAAGAUCCUAGUGGAAAGGAGGUUGCUAAAAUCAAGCGCCAAGCUCGAGAUCAGCCUUGCAAACACUUCCAGAAAAUUAUUUGAUCAGUGACACUGAAAAUUAAACGCUUAUAAAAGGCAGACCACUCCACCUGCCAGUGAAUGAACUUUGAGCGCGAUGUUGGAUCAGCCUUGCAAACCUUCUUGGUUUGCUACUCCAGAGAUAUAUCAAAAUUUUGAUCGCUCUUGUUUUUGUAUUCCUAGAGUUUUUCAAACUUAUAUAUGGAAAGUAAAACUAUUCAUACAUAUUGCUCUUUGUCAAUCUCUCAACUGCUUACUUAUGAUUGAU